AUGUUGCGUCCGUCACCGACUCCAAUUUCGCGUCUGUCACAUUCAGACUACUGCUCUUUGUCUUCGUCUGAUGACGAUGCUGAAGUAUUUCCGAAGCGUACGUCGUUAGUAGUUGACACCCAACCAGGGAUCUGUCCACACUGCAAGAAAACAUAUCAAGAUGUAAGCCCACCUUUCCGUAGAGUUUUUUUUUNUUUUUUGGAUUAUGGUAAUGUAUAG